AAGAAGAAGAGCACUGGGUCCCGCCUCCCCGAGUCCCGCCACCAAUCGCCUCCCUCGGGCCCCCUCCCCAUGGCGGGCGCGCGCCUCGGGGCGGGGCUGCCUGACGAGAAGCCUGGAGGGAAGCUAGUCAAUCAGAACCAACGUCGGGGAAAGGGGGAUGUUCUUCCGGGGCGUUGCCCGUCUGGGGGGUUUCGCUUCCGGAAGGGUGUUCGGGCUCGUCCCACCCCCCGCCCCCCACCCCUGGAGGUACGUAGACGGUAUAUUUCGGUCCCCUCGGGAAAGGGAAGGAGGUCCGGAGAGCGGCAGCCUCUCUCUUCUUCCCCCCGCCCCCCCCAGGCCUCUCAGGUGGACCCUCAGAAGGCCCCCCCCGGGAGGGCCUAACCUGCUCCCGGAAUGAGGGGGCUCCCUGCCGGACCCCAAUUCGUAGCCCUCCCCUGUCUCUUAGCAACUCAGCUUGCUCCUCCCUGGAACUGCUUCUGGCUAAAAGGUCGUGCGACCCCCACCCUCUUUUCCUGAUUCCACCGCCUCCAACCAGGGAAGGAAUGUCAAUCUUCAUUUAUUUCGGUCUCUCUCGACUCAUUGUUUUUAAUUGCCCCUCGUCUCUACCUAGCUGCUUUGUAAUGUUCUCGCGUGUUGAGGGCCUUGGCAUGCUGAAAGGUCCUGCCCAGGGUGCUGCGCUUCCUGUGGGUGAGGGCAUUUGGGACAAGGAACGGGAGGGGUGAAGCCUGAACGCAGAAGCAGAGGACCACCGUCAUUAAAACUGUCAUUGCUACUGUGUUGCGAAUGUAUCUCCUAGCUUUUGUAUCCUAUUAAAGGUUGUUGUUUUUUCUCUUGGGCAACUAUACUUUAUUCCAUUCUAAUGAUUUGGGGUAUCUUGUUUCUAUUGCUUCCCUUGUGUUUUCUUAGUUCAUACAAGAAAGGGAUAGUCUGUGCAGGGAGUAUGCAAAUAAUGUUGACUUUUGUGCCCACUUAAAUGUAUUUUGGAGCAGUGGUGUCCAGUCAUUUACCUAAGGUGGACUCUCUAGAUUAGCAUUAUCCAAACUUGUUUUUUAUCCAAGGCAUGCUCUGAAACUGUCAAGGAAAUUCCUUGCCUUUAAGGAGUGUGAUUGAAGUGAUAGAUUAAACUAAAACACAGCAAAUGAGUACUCCCCCUGAAGAAUGAAAUGCUAAAGCGUUUGUUAGCACCUCAAAUUAUGAAUGUCUAAAGGCCCAGUUACAAAGACUAUAGAAGAUAUGGGAUCCAAAAUAAUAUCUGCCCCUUAUGUUUGGGCAUCAUUCAGAAUUAACCACCUUUUGAGUAUCCCACGUCAGCCAGAUUCAUUGGUCUUCAACUGGAGUGGACACCCCUGUACAAUAUGAAUGGCUUCACAACCUCUCCCACCUCAAAAGGUGUGUUUUCUGUGUUUAAUCAUUGCAUAGAAGAAGGAAUUUAAAUUGAUGCAGAUUUUCUUUUCAUAACCCUGCUCCCAGUAUAGCAGCCUGGCUAUCUUUGCCUCUAACCUCCAUAUACAGAAAAGGGGGAAAAAACAAACAUAUACGGUAGACUAAAAGUGGGUCUCCUGAAAAUUUAAGAUGAGUUCCCAGUCUGAAAAAAAUAGUACUACUUAUUCACAAUACUGUUGUGGUAGGGUACUGUUAUCACAAAGCAGGAGGAUAGAUGGCGCACCCUGUCAAAAGCAGCAGAUGAAUGAAAGGGUUCUUUUCAAAGCCCCUAGCCUCGUUGUUACAGCCCAUUGUCUAGUGCUUGCUGUCAUACCCACAAUGCUCUAUCAGCACAAGCUGCUUCCAGAUCUAUAAAUCUUUGCAUCACUUAGAAUUGAACCCCAAACCCACCCCACUCUCUGGGAUACUGGUUCAGGAAGCAUCUGUUUUCAUUCAUAAGUUUAGGCGGCAGCAGAUCUUUCCAGUUAGGUAGGUACAGAAAACCCCAGCUGUAACACAGGGUGUGAUUUCAAAUCACUGAUGCUCCUAAAGCAGGCAUGGUCAAACUUGGCCCUCCAGCUGUUUUGGGACUACAACUCCCAUCAUCCCUAGCUAACAGGACUAGUGGUCAGGGAUGAUGGGAAUUGUAGUCCCAAAGCAGCUGGAGGGCCAAGUUUGACCAUGCCUGUCCUAAAGCUUGGUAUGCUGAUUCCUCUGUGUAGUUAAGAUGUUUAUUCCUAAUCAUUCUGCCAUAGUUGCUUUUGUGUGGUCUCCAUGACCUUCCCAUCAGAAAUCUGUUCUUAGCAACAGAAAGAAUGGCAGAAGUCCAAAGCUGUGUUGGUAUCUCUAAAAAUAGUGCACAAAUUCAUGAUUUGCCCUUUGAGCACUUUGUAAAUUGGUCCCAAACAUUUAUUGCUACAACUUUUAAAAGGCUUCAAAACACUUAUUUCUUCUCUUAUUGUUAACUGAUGCUGUUCUUUAUGGUAUUAAGAUGAAUACCCAAGGGAGAAAGUUUAGACUAUGUGUAAUGUUAUGUACAAUGGAGGCCAACCUUGACUGCUUUUCUCAACCCCUCUAAAUAUGGUUGUGUAAGCAACUAAUUUUGAGCAAUACGUUCUUUAAAAUAACUUGUAUUUUAUCCUCUUGUGAAACACAAUCAUACCUGAAAGUGUGUGCAAAUUCAUUGUCUGAGAACUAUUUAUGGACACUCUUGUCUUCCUUGUGUAGUAUGAGAAGCAGGCAUAAAGAGAAAUAUUUUCUAAUGCUUCCUGUGGUGCCAUUUUGUUGUUGUUAGGGUUGCUCCACCUGCAACUGGAGCCGACAUGGAGAAAAGUGGAAACAUUCAGCUGGAGAUUCCUGACUUCAGCAAUUCUGUCCUGAGCCACCUCAACCAGCUGCGCAUGCAGGGCCGGCUAUGUGACAUUGUAGUCAAUGUGCAGGGCCAAGCAUUCAGGGCACACAAAGUAGUACUGGCUGCCAGUUCACCUUACUUCCGGGACCACAUGUCGCUCAACGAGAUGAGUACGGUUUCCAUCUCUGUCAUCAAAAAUCCCACUGUUUUUGAACAACUCCUCUCUUUUUGCUACACGGGCCGGAUAUGCCUCCAGUUGGCUGAUAUCAUAAGCUACCUGACUGCAGCUAGUUUCCUGCAGAUGCAACAUGUUAUAGACAAGUGCACACAGAUCUUGGAGGGCAUUCAUUUCAAAAUUAACGUAGCCGGCGUUGAAGCAGAAUUGAGCCAAACAAGGGCAAAGCAUCAAGAACGGCCUCCAGAAUCUCACCGGGCUUCCCCAUCUCUGAAUCGCUCUCUGAGUCCACACCACAGCACCCCGAAAGGAAGCCGCAUGGGCCAGGUCAGCACUGUGCUGGACAUUCGGGAACUUAGUCCUCCUGGGGAGUCUACAAGCCCUCAGAUAAUUGAGCAGAGCUCAGAUGUGGAGAGCAGGGAGCCCAUACUGAGGAUUAAUAGGGCAGGUCAGUGGUAUGUGGAGACGGGAGUGGCAGACCAUGGUGGGCAGGGUGACGAUGACGUCAAAGUUCUUGGAGCAGUACGAAUCAAAACGGAGAACCUGGAGGAGUGGCUGGGGACAGAAAACCAGCCAUCUGGAGAAGAUGGGAGCAGUGCUGAGGAGGUCACUGCCAUGGUGAUUGAUACCACAGGCCAUGGAUCAAUGGAACAGGAAAGUUACACAUUAGGCUCAUCAGGAGCAAAAGUGGCCAGGCCAACCAGCACAGAGAUUGACAGGUGAGACUUUCUGUUAUUAAAAACUGAUUUGCUUCCAAGAGUGUUCUGGGCAUUGUACAGAAUCUACAAGCACCAUGAUUCUCACUGUCUAGAGCUUGCUGUCUAAAAAAGUCAUAGAAGAUGGGGCAUGAUUAAAAGGACAUAUGAAAGUUGCAGUUUGUAGAGGAUUAACAGCAGAAAGUGCAUAAAUGGUGAUCUGGACAGUCAAUAUUCUAUUAUUUCACAUAAGCUCUAGAGUGGGACUUUAUCUUCCCCAGGCAGAGAUCUGCUCAGCUUUUGUAGCAGGGGAGUGGGGGGGAUGAGAAGCUGUGAAAGGCAUAUCUUCUUCAUAUUAGAAAUUUCUAGAAAAGUCCCUAACAUACACAAGAUCACUAACCCUUUCUCAGAAGUGGUUUCCAUGGUAUGAGUUUCAUACCUUCUACACCAAGUUUACUGUGUUUUUCAGUAGUCUCAUAGCUGCCUGCCCAGCACUGGUAUUUAUUUAUCUAUUCACUGUAUUUUAUCUAAACUAAUGGUUGAUUCCACUUUACCAUUUAACUUGUAUAUAGCCUGCCACACCCUGAAGGCUCAAGAGAUGAUAACAGUAAUUUUUGUAGCACUUGCAUCCAGAAUGCACUUGAGCAGCUUCAAAACAUAAAAUAUGCUGAAAACCUCGGCCCCCUUAAUCCUAGUCAAAAAGGUUGCACAGGGCUGGCAUAGAUCACUAAGGGAGAGGAAUUCCAUAGUUGUGAAUCAGUCACUGAGAACACAACACCUCUUUGGUUCAUUUCAGCCAUCAUCCCAGUCCAUUCCAAACAGAUUCAAGCUGCUUGCCUGCUUUCUUUUUUACAUUUUCCCAGUUCUCCCAUCUCUAGGUACAAUGAUCUCUGAAGGCAGAGCAAUGACCGUGUGGUCAUCACACCAAGACAUGAUCUUCAAAACAUGGUCUGUCUAUUCUGACCUCAUGGUGAAUUUUCCAUAAUGAAGUUUCUUUACUGUGGUUUAGCAGGAUGACUGAUUUGACCCUUUUUGUUGGUAUAAUGUUGCUACUUGAAAAAAAAAAAUUAGUACUGAGAGAGCAUUGCUGGCUCUUCUUGUUGAGGAGGUGGUCACAGGUUCAUGCGUCAGGCAUAGCAGUAUGUAAAACAAAGGUACAGUGAUACCUCUGGAUACGAAUGGGAUCCGUUCCAGAGCCCCGUUUGCAUCCUGAAGUAAACGUAAGAUGCGAGUGCGCGGGUCACGUUUAGCCACUUCCGCGCAUCCACGUGACGUCAUUUUGAGUGUCUGCGUAUGCACAAGCGGCGAAUUCCGGAAGUAACGCGCUCCGUUACUUCCAGGUCGCUGUGGAGUGCAACCUGAAAAUAUUCAUCCCGAAGCUACUUCAACCCGAGGUAUGACUGUAAUGCCAAGUUAAAUUAUUCUUAAUUCUUUGACAGAUGGGAGUGCUGCUGCUUAUAAAUGGUAGAAUGUACAUCAACGAGUUGUGAAAAGCUUACUCAUAGUUGUAGUGAUUUUAUUUAUAUUUACUUAUAUGCAUUUUCUGCAAAUAAAAAUGUGCUCAAAGCAGUUUAUAGAAAAUAAGCUGUAAAAAUGCAGUAAUACAAUAACCAUGAUCAAUAAUAAAGCUAAUGUCGAUCAACAUAAAACUAACAAGUCAAUGAUUAACAAAAUAUGUAAAAAAUAAACAAAUAUUAAGUUUAGCAGUAGGUCAGCUAGCAGUAUCCCAAAGUAGCCACCAGGCUACUGGCAUUAAUACCUAACAACUCAUCCCCCAAACAUGAACUCAAAUGCUCAGAAACCCCCUCAAAGUUCUUUUGGCAGCUGCUCCUUACAAAGGCUCUUGGGGAAGCUGGGUAUCACUUGGUAGGUGCAACCAGCCAUCACUUGAUGGCAAGCACACUCCCCAGUCUAUAAAUGUUCCAUAAAUUGAAGUUUGAGGAAUAUUUCUGGCUUGGACGGAAAUAUGCCUAAUCAGAUCCACUGUCUGAACUUCUGCAUGAAUAGGCCUGUGACACUGUUCAUCCUCUUUAGUCACCCUAACAAAUUUCCUUUCCCCAGGAAGCUAAGCUGCUCCUCAGUCCAUCUCUAAGUUGCUGGGCUGCCUUAAAAGAUUUCAUUGCUGCCAAAUCAACGUUAGUACACAUACACACAUCUCACAUUUUGUCCAGUCCCAGCUGCCCCACUCCUAAUGUUAUUGACUAAUAUUAUCAAGCAGAAGUUCUGAUGCUUCCCAUGUCUUUGUUCAAAGUAUCAUAAUAUUGCCCAACUAUCCAUUAAUCUCUUUUUCCAUUUGCAGAUUUAGCCCUUCUGGUAGUGUGGUUACUGUAAACGAGCGGUACAGGUCAAAAAGUGAAUCUCCAUGGCGGGUGGAUGAACCCAAACAACCCAAUUCCCAGGUAGGUAUCCCUCACUUGGGCUUUACUGCUGCAGUUAUUCAUAUAGAUCAGGCAUGGUCAAACUUGGCCCUCCAGCUGUUUUGGGACUACAACUCCCAUCAUCCAUGACCACUGGUCCUGUUAGCUAGGGAUGAUAGGAGUUGUAGUCCCAAAACAGCUGGAGGGCCAAGUUUGGCCACUCCAGAUAUAGAUUGUCUAUAGACAGGCACUCUGUAGUGGAGGGCUGGGGAAUGGACAUACAGCACCCUUCUUGAAAGCAUAGUCUGAAAGACAUGACACAAUGGGGAGGGAAAGAGGUUUCCAGUUUCAUGGAAAGAUGCAUUCAUUACUUUGAUCCCCAAACAAAACAGUGACUUAACAAAGACCAAGAACUACAGAUCUAUUUCAUUAUUGAACUGUGACAAUAAACUAUAUGCUACAAUUUUAGCUAAUAGAUUGAAAAGGACACUGGCUGAGACAGUCCACAGAGACCAGGCCGGGGUUUUACCAGGCCAGCGAAAUAAAGACUAUAUAAGAAAUGUAAUUAAUUUAAUAGAGUAUUUGGAAGUAAGAAAUGAAAAACAGGCUGCGUUAAUCUUUCUAGACGCGGAGAAAGCCUUCGAUAAUAUUUCAUGGUCAUUCAUGAUACAGGUUUUAGAGAAAAUGAAAAUAGGUAACUCUUUCGUAGCAGGAAUUAAAGCAAUCUAUACUGAUCAAUCUGCAAAUAUAUUAAUAAAUAAUAUUCUUUCAGACAAAUGCCAAAUAGAAAAAAAGAAUGAGACAAGGCUGUCCCCUGUCUCCACUGCUGUUUAUUAUCACAUUAGAAAUAUUGCUUCAGAAAUUAGAGGUAUUGAGGUAGGAUGUAGAGUUUAUAACUUAAGGGCAUUUGCUGAUGAUGUGGUGCUGACACUAGAACAACCUUUUGAAAAUAAUUAUAUUCAAUUGUGGAAAGGGGUUAAGAAAGAGUUGGAGAUAUGGAGGAGAAUGGAACUGUCCCUGUUAGGUAGAAUUUCAGCCAUUAAAAUGAAUUUAUUGCCUAAGAUUCUGUUUUUAUUUCAGUCAAAUCCCAAUUGUAAAUAAUUUAAGAUGCUUCAAAUAAUGGAAAGAAGAUAUCUCUGGCAGGGGGGAAAGCCAAGAAUUAAACAUAAAAUUAUGAUAGAUAUAAAAGAAAAAGGAGGCUUUGCUCUGCUAGACUUUCAAAUGUAUUAUGAGGCAGCUUGUUUGUGUUGGCUAAAAAAAUGGAUUGUAUUGGACAAUGCAGACAUCUUAGAUUUAGAGGGUCAGGAUUUAAAAUUUGGCUGGCAUGCAUGUCUCUGGUAUGGGAAGGCUAAAAUCUAUAAGAGUUUUAUGAACCACAUUCUUAGGAAGAAUCUACUUAGAGUUUGGGAGAAGUAUAAAAAUCUGCUGGAAAGCAAAACACCAUCAAAGCAAUCUCAAUUAAGAGAGUUAAUAUGGACAGACAAUGGGUGACUUACAUGGAACUGCUGGAUUUUAUGGGGGAGGGGAUCCAAGCUGAAACCAAUGGAAACAUAAGGAGUCAAGUUAUGGAUUGGUUGCAAUAUCACCAGCUACAUUAUAUGUUUAAAUCAGAUAGAAAUAGUUUAUUUUUUGACCGAAGCUCACAAUUUGAAAAAGAACUCUUGCAAAAUAAGGAUAAACUGUUGUCUAAAAUGUCUAUGAAUUUGAAACAAAAGACGAGCUAGUUAAAGCUUCAAUGACACACUGGGCAAUAGAUAUAGGACACAAUAUAGAUCUUAAACUCUGGGAGAAAUUCUGGCAAAGUGACCUGAAAUUUACAGCAUGCUAUUCAUUGAAAGAGAAUUAUUUGAAAAUGAUUCAUAGAUGGUACUUAACUCCGAGUAGGUUGGCUUAGAUUUAUAAAACAGAUUCAGAUAAGUGUUGGAAGUGUAAAGUGUGGAGGGAACCUUCCUCCACAUGCAGCGGACAUGUAAAAAAAUGUUCAAAAUUACUUUCCCCAAAAAACCAGAGCCCUUUCUGUUGGGUAUAACCCAGACUGAAAUUCCCAGGUGUCAGAAAAGGUUAUUUAUGUAUGCAAAAACUGCAGCCCGUGUUUUGUUAGCCCCAAAAUGGAAAGUGAGUGAGGUCCUAACUAAAGAGGAUUGACAACUUAAGUUUACAGAAUAUGCACAACUUGCAGAUUUAACAUAUAGAAUAAGAGAGCAAGAACAUAUGUUUAAAGAAGACUGGAAAACAUUUAUUGAAUAUAUGGUCCCCCACCCCCCCCCCCCCCCGCGCCGCCCCCCCCCCCCCCCCCCCCCCCCCCCCCCCCCCCCCCCCCCCCCCCCCCCCCCCCCCCCCCCCCCCCACCCCCCCCCCCCCAAAAAUCCUGAGAUUUUUGUUAUUCAAAGAGCAAGUUUCUAGCCCUGAUUCUAAAAGAGAGAUUCCUGUUUGUGGUUUCCAUUAAUAAUGUUGGAGCUAGAGGAAGGAGCAGUUCUUCCAGUAUUCUAGAGGAUCUUGAUAGUACACUUUUAUCUGUGUGUCACCUUCUUUUUCUUGAUGUGUGGCAGAAUAAAUGAGAAUGAAAAGAAACAGAAAUCCUGCAGGAAAAAAUGCAUUUAAAUUGUACAUCCAAAUAAAACAUACACAUUACUUGAAUGUAUUCAAGCAGCUGUGAUUUGCAUUAUUCCAGUCAGGCCUGACAAAAGUACAUGCCCUCCUUGAGCAGCUGCCAAGCCCUAGCAGGGCCCAAUCCGAGGUGUGCUUUGGAACCCAGCCACCCUUUAAAAGAGUGGCUGAGUCUGGGAGCUGCCAUGUAAAUUUCUCACAGGGCCCUAAUGUAGAGUUGCUCUGGGGCAUUGUGUCAUCUGGUACUGAUCCAGACCUACAGCUGCCACCGUGGCCAGGUAAGGGAAGGUCCCACUGGAAAGCAUCUUUACUAAGAGUUCCCUCAAGCAUGGAGCUGGCCUCGAUUCGUUACUGAGUAUAAAAAAUGGCAGGUGCUUUAAUCAGCCUUGUUGUCCGAGGUUCAGAACCUGAGAUGGAAGGGCAGGUGGCUGGCAGACCAGAGGACAGAGCCAAUUGGUGACUAAAGAGGAUGGUUCCCAGCCAGUUAGGAUAAGAAUUUGGCUUUGCUUGGUGGCUCAGGGUAGAGUCUGCUGGAUAUGAGGGUGGUCAGAGCAAAUAACAAAAUCUCUUCAAGCCAUACAGAAAAUAGCCUGCCCACUUCCUUGUCUCUACCCUGCAACUUUAUCCUUUCCCCUGGAUACCCUGAAUUCAGAACCUGAGACCUGAGUCAGUUCUUUUUUUCCUGAAGUUGGUUCUUUUUCUUUCUAGACUGCAAAUGACCAAGGGUUGUAGCCAGUGUUAGACCUACUCAGACUAGACCCAUUGAAAUUAAAAGACAUGAGUAACUUAGGCCCAUUAUUUUAUGUUGGUUUACUCUGAGUAAAACUUAGUUGGAUACAGCCCUAACACAUGUAUGUGUGGGCUGGUGGGUGCAUAACACAUUUUGUGGGCUCAUUUGCAAGGCUGGUUUUGUUGCCCAAACACAUCUUCAUGCUUUGUGUAGCAAUAUUCAUUCCUGUGUGUUACUAGUGAUUUUCAAAAGAAAGUAGCAAAUGUCAGUGGUAGGCUUACGUAUAACUGAAAGAAAACCAUGUGCCAAUACUAACCCUUUAACAACCUUUUCUACUGCAGAACAAUUGCUUCUACAGCACAAGAGUUACCAAGCUCACUACUAUAACCUCAGCCUUGACUCUGCUAAUGACCUAUGCCAUCAGUAGCAUUAGCCUAGUCAGGCACAGUGCCCUUAGGAAGACUAAGGGAUGACUAUACUGUGAUCUCAGCCACAGGGAAGGCAAAUGUAGGCUUUGUUUGGAUUAUAAAAUGCAGAUGAGCUGGCAAUCUGCUUUUCUGUUUGGUGCAGCUACAUGUUUUUACCCUUGCGAAACGGAUUUCAACUGUGAUUCAAAGGAGAAGUGAAGUGAAACCCUUUCAUAUCUUCAUACCUCAUUAAUUAAUGGCCCACAUCCAGGUAGAAUUUAGUUAUAGUGAAUAAUGUGUCUCAUUCUUUUCCAUGGGACUUAGUAAAAACUAAUAUUACCUGGAUUCGGCCAGUUUCCCCCACUUCUGUUCCAGAAAAGGCCAAGAAAACUUGAUUGCUUGCCUUGGCAAUUGUCUCUAGAGGGAAAGAUCAAUUUCAUAGCUCUGUGCUUGCAAAACAGUAAAAAUAAAGUAAUAAUAAACUUCAGAAUGUGAAACAUUGCAGUUAUCUCCCUGAGCGUGCUGCUAUGUCUUUGUCUUGCCAAAAGCAAUAGAGUGACUUUGAUGUAAUUCUGAACCAUAUCACUGCUGAAAUGGGAAACAAAUAUGUGUAUAGUUGAGAACAAUGAUAUGAAAUGUAGAUUAUAAUUCUAUGUCCUUACCUUUGAGUAAGCAUCACUGAACUUAGUUGAGGUUGCUGAUUAAGCGUAUAUGGGAUUGGAUUGCGAUGGUGGUCUCCGGCAUUCCAGUUCUUCUAGCUCAAAAGAUUUCCACUUGCAGAGCUGAACUUUCCCUUCCUCUCUUCUCCCCUGCAGCCCCCCAUGCUCUCUCAAAAUCAGCUCUGGGGGCGGGCACAGUGGGAGGAGAGGAAGGGAACAUCCCAUUGUGCAAGAGGGGUCUGCUUGCUGAGCAUUGGAUACAACCCUGAGUUUGAUCAGAUGAGACAAACUGAAAUAACUGGCACUUUCCCAGCAGUCAGAAUUUUCCUGCAAUUUCUAGUGGAAAUACGUGCCCAUUUUCGUUUUUAAAGCACCUUUGGAUUGUGUACUUUACUACUUUGGAGUGUCAGAUGCAUUUUUCACAGCAUACCUUAGAGGUGACGGUGGGUUUAUACUUCAGUGCCUCUCUGUGUGUUGUCAUAAAGUGGCUUGAAGAUUUAUUGUAAAAAUGGUCUUAAUCCAGAUUAAUCCCCCCUUUGUGUGCACACAUCCUUAAAACAGCAAGUAUAUACAGGGCGAUGCCUGUUAAAUAUGAAUUUUAAAAUAUUCCAAGUUACCCCACAGAAACAAAGGUGGUUAGGAUCAAUUAUAUCUUUCUGUGGCAGUUACAGACCAUUCGGGAUAUUAGUCCAGUGUUCGAUGCUUCAAGCUUCAAGUUAUUACCAUGAAAUGGAAACAUGGUAAAAUAAAUUUCUCAUGAAGGUGGAGCAAUUGUGUAAAUUCUACUUUUAAAUAAAUGCUAGAGUUUGUUAAAAGAGAGGUAGGGAUUGUGUAGAACAGUUGUGCAAUUUGCUGCUUGCUUGUUCACUGACGGCAACUAGCAAUUGUUGGUGAACAGAUGUAGAGUCAGUUAACUGAGUGGACGGAGUCAAUCACUGCGCCAGGCUGCUCUGCCUUUCUUGGCUGUUCAAAGUCAUGUCCGGCAGAGUGAAUGGCUGUUUGCAGCAGUCUCUAACCUGGGGAUUAAAGCACCAGGCUGUGUUGGCUCUCCAUGGAGCUGGUUUACUCUGCACUCUGUUUCUGGGUUGGAAAUGGCAACGGAGCCCCACUGACUAUACAUGGGGGCAAAACGGAGCUUUGCUGAUGUGUGUUAGAAAUACGGAACACAUCUGUUGGCUUUGCGUGUGACUUUCAAUCUCUCUCCUUAAUAAGCUGGUAGCCAGCCAGGUGUAUUCCAGGUAUUGUUGGACUGCAGUUCCCAUGGUCCCUGAUAACUGGCUAGGCUGACUGGGGCUGAUGGAGACCAGUAUUGUGGGCCACAUCUCUUUCCUAGGCAAUAACCCUGCCCACAGCUGGGCUGCAUUUCUAAGUUACCUCUUUUGGCUUUAAGCAGGCAAGUAGCACUAUGGAGCAGAAAAUGAAAUAAAAAGCCAGCCAGCAGAACUGUCUCUAUUUAUAGCAAGAUGCCCUGGUUGUUGCUAUGUUCUUCCUGAGGAAUGAGGGGUGCUUAGGCCAGCUUUCAACAUGAGCAGGGGUAACUUUAUUCCUUUGAUAUUGGAAAAUGCUAUCUAAAACAGUUGGGAACCCUUCUUUCUUUGCAUAUGGAACUUUCCGGGGAACGGAGCUGCCUUUUCUGGCGCAGAGCUCAGUGUGCAUACCAAAAACCCUGUGUGAGCCUUAAGAAUGGCAGGAAAAGAGCAAAAGUAUUGACAAGUGUGUGGGUUUUUCAAUAACACAGACUUCUUUGUCAAAUAGGAACUUGUAGUAUGCACACAUUUUAAAGAUAAUUAUUGCCAAGAAUUUUAAGUUUUUAAACAUUAUUUUUCUUGUUAGUGGGAUUUUUUUUUAUGUGCAGAUUCUCUGUUUCAGUAUAACACCAAUGGAACUGCUAUGCCCAGUUAAAAACAGCAACAACCCAGAAUCUGCCAGAUUCAAACAGGUUCUAUGUUCUGGCCAAGCAAAACUUCCUCUUUUAAAAAAAAAAUACUGUCCGUGAUUUGGCACAAGAUUGUACCAGAUUGUACCAGCUAUGCAUGUUGAACAAAAUUUAGCUGUUUGAUUCAAUUAAAGAAACAAACCAAGUUAGUUUAAGUGGAAUUUAAAAGCUUUGGGGUCAUAGCUGGGAAGGAUAGAAAGACCCGAAGUUUGACUGGGAACCAUUAAUAGGGAACCAUUAAUCUUCCAGAUUGGUAUGUGACUUGGUAGACUGUGGAUUCUUUUAUUGAAAAAAUGGCUGGAACCAGUUGCUUUAAUAUUCCUGGGUUAAAAUCUAGUCUAUUUGAAAAUUGUUUCUUAUAUUACAUAUUGUGGCUACAGCAUAACUCCCGGGAGAUAAUGUCAUAUCUACAUAGUUGAAUCAGUGUUACGCAGUUCAGGGACCUGCUAUGGAUCAGAUAUCUGAAUCAUGAGUCUGUUAGAGGAAAAUCAGUAAUAUAGUUGGGACUAGUUGGUAUGUUUGCACUUGAGAAAAUGAAAUCUUGCACCUAUAAACUUAUGCUAAUAAAUGACUUUAUGCAAAUUAGACUAAAUUAUGUACAUUAUUUAACAUUAUGCUUUCAUUUUGAAUAUGAUUAGCUCUUUAAAAUAAAAGCACAGUUAAGAAAAUUUGUCAAACAUGUUAUAUUGGUAGUGAAGAAAAAACAUUGGCCUUGGAUAUUAAAGAUCACUAAAGGUUAUAUGCAGCAUAAUUUUAUUUUGUUCCUAAACAGGAAAACAGAAACCUCCUGUACCAUUCAAAUGUGACCUGUGCUUGGAAUAAAAUAUAUGAUAGAUGUAAAUUUUAUUUUACAUACAUUUUCUGUUUGCUCUGAACUGAUCUUUGAAUUUGUUUGAAAAAAUUAUAAUUUGGGGACAAGAAGCAAGUUGGCAAGAAAAAUAUGGAUAAAAGAGGGAUGGGUGAAGAGGGCUGGGCAGAGGUCAGAGUGAGAAUGUAACUGGAAGUCACAGUGGUGGAAGGACACACAAGCAAACAAGCUCCUCUUCUUGAAAUGGUGGGGCUCUUGGUGGGCUCUGCUAGCACUUUUUCCUGAAUAAGAAUAUAAAAAGCGCCUAGCUGGAUCAGACCAAAAGUCCAACUGGUCCAGCUUUCACAGGGAGAAGGGAAGUGCCAUUCCCUGCUGUUUGACCUCAGCAUCUUGUACUGGUAUAUGGCCUCUGCUUAGCUAUCCUGGUUAAUAGCUAUUGGUAGAACUAUCCUCUCAUUUUCUCCAGGGUACUCAAGUGCACAUCUCUGCGUUCUAUGAGUUUUGUAUGUUCGUGAUGGAAGAAGCACUUACAAGGCCAAGGUUCAUGCAGUAGCGUGUCACAACCAUGGGAACAAGAAAUAUACAUUCCUCCUUCUCUCCCACCCCCGCCCUGCCAGAAAAAGCAGGGCAGAGAUGAUUCUAUAGGAGUAGCCAGAUUCUUUGUCAUGUACCAUAUUCCAGCUGGAAUUCUACAUGUGUGGGGUUGCGGAAGUAUUUGCCAUCUACUUAAAGUGCUUAUGUGCUUAUGCAACAAAUUCUGGAAAGCAUCCUAAAUCUGCAAAAAUUAAAAGCAGAAACAGCCUGAAAUUACAGGAAAUAAGAUUUCUGUUGAGGCGCACCUUUUGACAAUCAGUCCAUAUGAAGUCUGAUCUUUAAGGUCCAUUUCAGCAGUUUGAUGCAGCAAGUAAAAUAAUAGGAUCAUACUUUGUGUACUAUAAUCAUUUCACUGCCUGCUCAGGCACAUGGAUAAUUGCCAUGAUCAGUUCAGAGAUUGAUGUUAUUUCCCAGCAGUUGCUAUGUCACAUGGAAAUGGAUGUUUCUGUGUUCAAGAGGAUAGCAAAUAGUGGUAGAUUCCAAGAGCAUGAUCUGUCUCUGUCCAUGCAGGCUGAGGAGAAGUUUUGUUUCCCUGAAGACCGCUUUGUGUGAAUGUGGGCCUCAGCACCCACAGCCUGCCCUCCCAUUGCCAGUGUGGUGUCACACCACUCAGCUGUGAAGUUCUCAGGGUGACUCUUGGGCCAGACACUCUCUCAGCAUAACCUACCUACCUCAUAAGGUUGUUAGGAGAGGUUGAGGAAAGAUCCACCUCCGCUGCCCUGACUCCCUGGGGGAAGGUCAGGAUAAACAUGUCGUAACUACAUAUUAGUUCUCACUUUUGCAUCCUCUCCAGAGCCUCCCCCAUUCCCAUUGCAGCUGCCUUCUGCAGUGGGAAUGUUCCUACAGAACGCCAGUUUGUAAUGGCUGUAGCAUACCACAGGUGUUGUAAACCAAAUGUUUGUCCCCUGCCUUAGCUGUAGCUGCUUCUUCCAGAUGGACAAUUGAUGAAACACAGUUUCAGGGUGGGAAGAUGAUCGGGCAUAGCCAUUUGAGCUGCUACAGAUGCAGGGGGAAGGAAGGUUAUUGUUCCAUUUCCCUUGCUGCAUUUAUCAGUGGAUUCUAGACCCUGGUUAAGACCUGCUUAAGAUGUUGCUGUGUAAGGCAGACCCCCGCUCCAUAAGGACGUGGCACUCCUUCCUGCCUUGUUGGUUUUUGUGUAAUGCUUUAAUGGGCUUCUCAGACCAUUUGACAUAAUUUGAAUAGAUUUGUGCCCAUCUCCAUUUUUCCUUCUCGCUUAUGUUUAUAGAGGAUUCUGUUCCAUAGUUCCAUAGGCCUGCCAUGACUUCGUUCUUCAAUAUUAUUCCAAUUUGCCGGAGAAUCCUGUGCUGUAGAAGAACAUGAGAGUCAAGCAUCUGUCUUGAAGGCAGAAGGUCCCAGAUUCCCAGCAUUUCCAGGCAGUGCUGGGAUAGAAAUCCUGGAGAGCUGAGGCAAAUAGGUUCAGACGGUACGGUGAAUGUGAUUCUGAUUAAGGCAGCUUCCAUGUUCCCUUCAGGUUUUGUUCCCUGAACAGAACUACUUUCUGCUUCAUGGUGCUCCUGGAGAAAAAUGCAUAAUGUACAUUGUUGUUUUUACAACUUUAGAACAAGGUGUUUAAAGCACUAGUAGCAUAUGAAAUUACAUUUUUAUUCUGUUUUGAGGCACGGGCAUAUGUGGAACGGAGAGGUGAAAGUCCUAUGGACUGUGUCUUCAAUAUUCUUCUUCUGGGACCUUGAGGAAUAGUCAGAGGUUGAGAUGUGUGUUCCUUUGGAUGCUUCAAGUCACCCAAGUGCCAUGAAGUGCUGAGCUUUUAGUAUGUUCCUGGCAUCCACGCUGGAUCUUCCACCGUCUUUCGUCAGACAGCCAAGGUCGCAUAUUUGCUGGCAAGUUCCAGAGCUUGCCAACUCAUAUCAGUAGUGCUAUUUGGGGAAAAAACACUGAUGUAUUUUGAAACUACUAUGCAAUGGCUUUGUGAAGUUUUCAUGCUCAGAUUUAACUGUUGGCUGAAGGUUUCUUAAAUCGGUUGUCUUAUCUCCUGUAGAUGUUGCCAGAAUUGCAAAAAUGGAGUUGAACCUUACUUAUCUCGCAGUACAUCUAAUGGUGUUUGUUUUAGCCAUUGUCUCAAGACAUAUUUCCCUGCACCUCUUCAUUUUUUCUCUUCUAGGGCUUCCUUGAGCUGUUGGUAUAAACAGUUCCCAAAAGGGGCCUCUUCAGCACAGCCCCCAGUAGCAAAUUCCAGCGUAAUUCCCUGAGCCCUUCUUUAGUAGUUUAACUUCAUUGUAUCAUGCACAAUGGGGAGAGAUGGGACACCACUUGGCAAGCAAUUCUGCCAUUUCUUUAGUAUUUAUUUGUGUAUUUAUUUAUUUAACUUGCAUAAUUGUCUCAUGUCUGGCAAUGCCCUGCCUGCUUCAUCAGUGCAGUGCAAUUUUAUUGCACAGAACAUGCGGACCUCAGCAUAACCUGUCCUGGCCCCUCUUACAGGGAAGCAGAACAAUGGAGGGGCAUGUCCCCCCAAGGGACAAAGAUGUUGCCGCCCACCUUUAGGCAGCAGUGAAAUCAAGCACACUUUGAUUCUUUCUUCCUUUAUGGCAGUAAGUCCUUAGCUAACCCUUACCUUUUAACUUAAAGAGUGUUGGCGUUGAUGCGAAAACCAAUAAAAGAGGACAUUUAUCGUGCAGUUUCACUGGUGACCUCAUUGAAAUAUCACAGUUGCAGCUAUAGCAAGCUUUUAAAAUCUGCUGCAAUGUGUGUGCAUACUAAUUUAUUUAACCUACUGUGAUUUCCUAAUUUAGUUUGGCCUUCUAAAUUAACGUGCAGCUUUGAAUAUGUAGGUGCCCCAUAGACUAUAAGAUUCAUUCACUACUUAACUGGCUGCACUAGUGUUAUAGAGAGAGAUAUUGGUCGUUGUCUGCUUUUCAUUUAGUUGUUACGAUGUUUAAUCAGAACAAGAGCAUGACAUUAGUUGCAAGUAAACACUAGUGUUGUCUCUUCUCCAAAAUGAAUAUUUCAGCAAUGGUUGGUGUAACAGAAACUUUCUGUUUUGCCUCUGAGGAUGGAGCCUAUUUCGUGGUUUUCUCGCGUUAUGCAUUGAAGCCCCCAGUAUCUUUUGCUCGCUCAGUAAAUGAAUCUAAUUGGGUGAACAAGCUCUUAAGGGUACACUUUGCUCAGCUUUAGCCAGAAGAUAGCUGUGCAUCUGCGGUUAUAGGGACAAGAAAGCAAAGUGGCCCAGAAUAUUUUAUAAAGUUGGGAUGCAAAGUACAAUUCAGCUAGAAAAAUAGUUGCAGGAAAGCGACUUUUGUAGUAAAAGCUUCUGCUGUUCCUCCUGACUGAAUUACAUGUAGUUGUUUUCUGCUGCCAAACUUUUAAUUCCUUCUGAACAGAGCUUGUGAAUGGGAUGGUUUGCAAUAUCUUGGAAGGCAUUGAGGGCAGUUCUCUGUUUGUGAUUACCUGAUAAUUGCACCAGACAAUGAUUAGUUGGAUAUCUCCAGGAGAUUCAAACCCAAUUAAAAAUAUUUAAACUACCAAUAAUGGCAGUUGUUGAUGACUGGGUACAUAUUUUUCCUAUGGGAUAGUUAGACUAAAGAGUACAGUUGUACGUAGAUUAACAGAAGUGAGUUUUGAAAUUCAGUGAGGCUUUGUAUUGCAUUUGAAGGUCUCAUCUGAUUUGUAACAAAUCAAACUGGCAAUUAAGUUUAAAUGACUUAAUGUGAAGGGUUGCAAAUGAGCGCAUCCCAGUGUAUUGGGGCCAAUGUGUUCAGCAGAGACUACUCAUUCUUUCUUUUUCCUGAGUACUUACCCCACCCCCCAAAAUAUCAGGAACCGGAAGGUGUCUCUCUGCCUAAACAAUGAGUUCCCUGAGACAAACUAGGUUUGAGAGCAGGGUCGAGCUAGAUGUUCUACCAAAUUCAGAGUUGCAGUUGAAAACAGUGCCCUGUAUGUCUAGUUCCACCUGUUUUCCCUGUCUCCAUGUGUAGUAUCAAUAUGUGUAUUCUGUAUACACACAGAUCCCAACCGCUAAUGUAUAAAGAUGGAUUAGACAAUGUACCACAUGGUGAAGACUUAAGUUCUUGUUACCCCACAUUAUGGGACAGCAGAGGAGGCACUGGCUUGGGUGGCAACUGCAUGUUUGCAGGAUUCACCUAACCAGACUUCCACUUGUGCAACAGGGCUUUCCACCACCACCACUGCCCCCCCCCCCAAGUUGGCUGGGGGUGUUGAGAGAGCUCCCAGAGAGAGAGCACACUGGGGAGAGGGGUUGUUUCACCUGGCAAACUGCAGUGCUGUGCAGACAGUACGAUUGGAGAUUGCAAUGCUGAAUUCCACCCAACAAACUCUUGAAUGUUUUCAGUGAGCUCAUAAUCAGCGCUCUAAACGUCAGCAGCAAUUCUGUAGUUCUUUGGUGCUAUUACUUGAUCUAUGCAUAAUUAAGAUCCUACUUUUCAGCUGCUGGCCUUGCAGUCAUGCUUUUUACCGCCUAGAGUUCAACCUAAUCUGAUGCACAAAUUUCAGAUUACGAAAUUCCAAUUUACUUUCUGUAAAUUGAAUUCAGUGGAGUUUAAACGUAAAGUCCACCCAAAGGGGUGUGUGCGUUCAGUCCCUCCACCCCCAACCCUUCUCACUCAGUCCUGUUUUGCAAUUUGGGGUUAGUCCAAAAGAUGACUUUUUCAGGAUGGUUUUUCAUAGGUUUUUACUGUUGGUUGUAGGCAGAUUCCUGUUAUCCCAGGAUAUUUUUAUCAUACCCAACAGUGUGCAAGCCAGUUCUUCUAGGUCCAGUAUACUAACACAAAGCUUACAUUUUCAGAUUAGCUGAUUAUACAUUGUAGGUUACAGAAAAAUAGUCUGGAACUUCUUGGAAAAUCAAUACCCAAGAUAAAGGAGGGUCUUUAAUCUAUAGAGAAGCUCCUCUUUGUGAGCUCUAGAUUAUGUUUCUUAUCAUGCAGUCUUGUUGACAGGGAUGGUUUUCUGGGCCACUUGGAGACCUACGAAACAGAUUGCGGGACAAAGUUCUGGUAGGUGCAGGGGAAGUUGGAGCCCCCCUUUAGUGAUGCUAGUAAUCCCUGGCCUGGAUGUGAAAUACGCAGCUUCAUUUUGCUGACAAGUACAAGAAAAGACAAACCUGUGUUGUUAAAAAAUGCAUCUAAGUAUUACAGCUCAGCGAAGUCUUUCCAGCAUCUAUUGCAAAUCAGCUUUCAAAAGUAGUGUGGCACUUUAAGUAGGUUGUUUAAGCACCCUCACCUCUUUCCUCCUGUCCCUCCCAUAUGCACUUUAAGCUCUGUGGCUGUUACCUGUUACAUGCAGGAGGGUUGUCUUGGAUGGACAAUGGGUAGUGGUGAUGUUAACCUUGCCUGCCAUUGCUGCCUCCUCUAUCUCCAGAGGCAAAGGCAUUGUGUGUACCCUUUCCUGUCUCAGCAUAUCCACACCACUCAAUAAUGUGAAAGCGAGAACGUUGGCAUGCAGUGGCUUUUGUGAAAUGGGCUAGCCGAUUUUUGACUGUUCUCAUGAGCUAAGCUGUGGUUUUCAAUGAUCAGCUGAGCCACAGAACCUAAGCUUUUAAAGAGCGAUGGACUAAACUGCCAUGGGAUCAAAACUGUAUUGAAAUUCUGUAGGUUUUAACUUUUCCACGCGUUUCUCUUCCUGAACUUCUGCCUCAAUAAUCUGUUCUUGGGUGGAUUCUUGCUGAGACAGACUGAAAGCUGGCCCUGUAUUGGAUGUUAUGGGCUAGGGUGCCACCCUCUUGAAUGCCACUGAUGCCAAAUGAGAGUGCCUGUAAAGGACAGGUGGUUUGGAAUGCUGUGCUGCUACCUUGAACCCAUGCAUUAUAGCUAUGCGUUGUGCAUGUUGCCACAUCACGAAUGAGAGCACCAAUGGGAUAUCUGUCUGAAUUGCACAGCACAGAUAGAUACUUGGUGGCAUUUCAAAGGGUGACACUCAUGCCCACUUUCUGUGGUCUGGCUUUUGGUGGGAUGUGUGGGAAUCUUGAGCAAACUGCAGCUCAGAAUGGAUCACGGUCACUGGUGAAUUAUCCAAUUUGAUUCUUCUGCUGCGCCCCACUCCUAAAGUUUUAAAUAUAUAACUCUUCUUUUGUUAAAGAAAUAUCCUAAUCAUGUGUCCCCUCCCCUCCCCCUUUAAAAACUAAUCAACCACCACCUGGCAGACCCUUUAAAACUAUUGCUCUGUGAAUCUGAAACACACAAGAUAUCUGUUGCAGUUCUUGAACUGCUCUUUUUUGGUUGUAUUGCAUUGCAUUGCAACAGAAUUCAUACUUCACUUCUCCAACAGGCUGAAAUGUGAUCUAGUUGUUUGACAAUAAUUGAUAGCAGAACAGCCCAAUUUAUUUUUUAUUAGCAUUUUCCCAAACCCACAUUUGGUGCAUCCUUUAUUCUCCCAUUGAUCUCCAUGCACAUGGAGGAAGAAAACAAAAGGGAGGUAAUAUAGUCAUUAUUCUGUGAGUGUGUCUUUUGGUGGUGGUGCUGGUGGUGGUGGUGGUGGGGAGAGUAAAACAACAGUGAAGAUAAAGACUUGUACAAACUUAUUUAAAGCAGUUUAGCAAAAAUAAAUAAACUAAAAGCUCUCAUUGAACAGCUUUAAAAACAAUGUGAAUGGAAACUUAGAAACUGGGUUAGGACUCUGAAAAAUUCUAUAAAUGUAUACUUGAAAUUCUGUUUGUAUUUUAAAACAAAUGCAUUUUCCUCUUUAACACUGUGUAAAAGAAAUGUUAUGCAUGUGAGUGGUUUGAGAAUUAAAUGGUUUAAUACUCAUAACUGGAGUGCACUGUCUUUUGUUUGGCUGUCUGUCCACAGCCCUGUGUACCACCUCUUCCAUUUAACAGUCCCCAAACUAAGGUUUUUUGUUGCCACCCAUCUGUCUUGCGAGACGAUGGAGUGCACCUCCAGGGGUGAAGUAAAACCGGUAUGUUAUCAGCACUGAAGUGACCUCCCCAGUGCACAAGCCUGGGCAGUGUGGAUGGAGGUCCUGAGCUGCCCAAAUGACAAGAUCAGCCUCACUGAUGUGGCCCAAAGGAAAGCGGAACAAUACUUUUGGCACCAGCUUGGCUGCAGGAGUUGCCAGAAGGAGGCAUACAAGGGCCAUCCAACCAUCUUAGGGACUUCACUCCAGAUUUCUGCAGGGUUUACUCCUUAGCCUUUUCUUCUCCCAAAGAUGUCCUGCAAGGCAGUGGAGAUGGAGGAUCAGAGUUUUCCUUCUCUAGAUGGACUGCCUUCCCUGAUUGAGGAGCCCUGUCUGCCCCUCACUUCCCUCUACAGCACAUGCGGAAACUGCAUUCUUGAUCGUUGGGCCCGCUCUUGGUUUCAUCCACCCAAUCUGCUGGAGCCUGUCUUUGCAUGCAGGGAAGUCCUUAGCUCACCAAGGUUUAAGACCCAUCAGCCACCCUCAUCUGGUGAAGUCUGUCAGUCGAAGCUAUUCCCAGGCUGUGGCUGCUGUUGCAUGCUGACAGCUUGUAGGUACCACAGGUGAGAACUGAAUGCAAGGUGGGGACCAAAGGUGUGCAAACUAGCCCUGAAGGAGCAUACCGGAGGCAGUGCCCCUCGCCUAACAACCCAUACACCCCAAACUAAGGUUCACUACUCACGCAAAGUCAGUUUUCGCAUGUCUUUUCAAUUUAUUGGAGCCCCUCACUGGUCUUCGUGGACAAGCUGAAAUCAUUCAGCUUUCACAGUGGUAGCUUCGUACAUGCCUCAUGCCAUUAAUCACUCUGUCACCAAGCAAAAAGCUAUGUACAGUGGUCCACCAGGAAAGUUGUCAAGUGCAAAACAAAAUAUGAGUGAUAGGCUGUGUUUGCUUUCUUGGGUCACAAGUUGUACAACCUAUCCUUCCUGGUUUUGCCAUUGUCCAUGGAUUGCAGCCCUAUAAUAUCAUUCGCUUCUGUGGCAAAGGCUCUUCCAAAAACCACAGCAUGGGCUUUAAUGAACAACUAAGAUAACAGCCAUCUUCUUCAGCAAUUCAAAAAUGUUGCUAAGAUGGCAACCGCUAAAGAAACGCUCUAAAGCUGUAUCCUAUGCACAAUUACAAGGAUGCAAGGUACAUGGAACUAAAGGAUUAUCACUUCUGAGUAAAUAUGCAUAGAAUCAGGCGGCAUAUACUGAAAGUAGAAUUCAUUUCAGUUCAAGGUGCAAGUAGGAUCUUGAGUGCUCUUCCAGUGCUCUUCAAUGCUUCCACUGUUCUUAAGUGGAAAUAAAUGCACAGAUUGCUAUAUACACCAUGGGGCAGGCAGGGUGUUUUUUGUUUUGAUACCCCAUUUGCUAUACCUUGUAUCUGUGAUCAACCUCCAUUAAUGGGACUUGGGGCCUUCAUUUUAUUAAUCAAAGUCAACAAGUUAGAAUUCAAAUUUGCAUAGCCAACUGUUUAUUCGGUAAAGCUGUCAUCAGUUGGGAAUGGCUUCCAAAUAGCUCGCACGCUGUUCCUGGUCUUUAGGAAUAGAGUGGCCAUGUUAUUUGCAGGGCGGCUGGGGGGAGGGAUCAUUCCCCAAUACACCCCUCUUGUGGUGCAGCUAGCCUCUCCAAACAUCUGCCAUCUUAAAGGUUAAAUAAAGGUAAAGGUAAAGGUAAAGGUACCCCUGCCCGUACGGGCCAGUCGUGUCCGACUCUAGGGUUGUGCGCCCAUCUCACUUAAGAGGCCGGGGGCCAGCGCUGUCCGGAGACACUUCCGGGUCACGUGGCCAGCGUGACGAAGCUGCUCUGGCGAGCCAGCACCAGCGCAGCACACGGAAACGCCGUUUACCUUCCCGCUAUAAAGCGGUACUAUUUAUCUACUUGCACUUAAGGGUGCUUUCGAACUGCUAGGUGGGCAGAAGCUGGGACUGAAAGACGGGAGCUCACCCCGCCACGGGGAUUCGAACCGCCGACCAUGCAAUCGGCAAGUCCUAGGCGCUGAGGUUUUACCCACAGCGCCACCCGCGUCCCUAAAUUAAGGUACCACCAGUUAAUAAACUACUGUCUCUAAACAUAGCUGAAGAGGCAGGUGUGUGUAGUAAAUUGUGAGAAACAAAUCUUUGUAUCUUCAAUUUAUUCUUCCAAGACUCAGAUUUUCAAAGAAAAAGAAAAUGCUGCUAGCCAGGAAGGACAGAUGGAAAAAGAAAGACAUGAAAGAGGGAAGACACACAAUAUGCAAGCAGAUGGUGCCUUCGCCUCUGCAGAUUGUCCUGCAAGUCUUCCUGUUGUGGAAGGAGGAAUUUUUGGGUUGUCUUUGCUUUUGUUUUUAUUAUGCAUUUUUAUAUAUUUGUGUUUUCAUAUUGUAACUUUAUGUCGUGAACUGCCCUGCGGUAAACAAAUUUAAUAAAAAAAUAAUAACAGAAUAAUAAUGAUGAAGGCAUUUCAGAGUCAAAACGCACAGCUGAGUAAGAAUGGGUUUAGUUGUAAUUUGAGAACAUGUCAUACUAUAAGAGAGAUACAGCAAUGAUACCUUUUUAUUAGCUGUUUCAAAACAGGAAGAGGACCACUGAAAAACAACCUGAGGUGUUAAGAGCAGGGAUUGGCUACUCUGCCCAGGAAGAGAAUGGCAUUGAUGUCAACUUCCCGUAUGAGCACCAAGAAAGGUCUGUUAGCAUUGAAGACAAGUUUGUUCAAAGGAAAUGAACGGCCUGUGAUCAUGACUGCUGUGGAAGCAGCUGCCUCGCUGCCUUCUUCAUUCACCUGCCAAUCAAAGAUGCACAGAAUUUAGGCCACACGUUUUCAAGAGCAAUUGCACUGGAGACCAAUAGAAAUAAGGGCUUUCUUCUUCCAUAAUGCCCUAUACCUUGAGAACAUAACUAGGGUUGCAUGUUUCAUUUACUAACUGGUUAGAUUAAUCAACUAAAUAGGUGCCCCCCUGAUUACUUGGGAAGCAGAUUUUGAAAUAUAUACAUAUGCUGCUCAAAAGUAUAGUGGCAGACUCUCCAAGUGUCCUGUUUCCCAGGGAUGUCCCUGAUUUAGAGAAGCCGUCCCAGUUUCUGAUUUGAUCCUGGAAUGUCCCACUUUUCCUUAGACUGUCCCUAUUUCCACUGGAGAAAUGCUGGAGGAUAUGGAGUUAUCUGACCCGAGCCAUCUGAAUGCAAUUCUGUAUAGGGAAGUUUUUAAAUGUUUUAUUAUAUUUUUAUAUACGUUGGAGCAAUGGGAUGUCCCUAUUUUCAUCGGACAAAUGUUGGAAGGUAUAUAGUGGGCAAUCACCAUUUUGAGGCAUCCGCCCUUUUCUCUUACAAUGGUGGAAAUGUCUCUCCUAAACAACCUGUUACAACAUAAAUGCCUUUGAGAUAGCCCCUGUGUGUGAGUGCUGGAGCUGCCUGAAAGGUGGUUGAAAGCGGCAAUGAGAACAGCACCAGCUUACCUCUAGAGAGGCUUUGUGGAAUGCUUCAGAUACAAAAACAUCCCUCCGGGCACCUGAAAUUAUCCCUGAAAAAGACAAGAAUUACAGUAAAAUUACAGUAUAAAUUGGGGGAGUGCAAGCUGCCUAUUGGGGAGUUUAUGAUGUGGCUAUUAGGCAUUGAGUCUGUGGAGAAAUGACCAGCAAAUGGUGAGAGAGAGAGAGAGAGAGAGUGUGUGUGUGUGCGCGCGCACCAGCCACAUCAUGUGAUCAAUUCUGCGGAGUGGGGCUUACCUGCCCCCCCUCAAAUAUUUUAUUCAAGUUGGCACCCCUGUGAUGGAAUAUAUACACUUAUGGCACUGCUUCUCAUUGCAUGAGAAGCUGUAGAGAGGAUGCAAAAGGUGGGAGCCAUGUGUUUGUGUGUGUGUGUGUGUGUGUGUGUGUGAGAGAGAGAGAGAGAGAGAGAGAGAGAGAGAGAGAGGGGAAGGAAGGAAGGAAGCUGCAGCAGCUGCAUCACAAACCUGGCUAAAAUUGAUUGCAGAAGAGAAGGAAUGCACUAGAAGGCCUAGAGCAGGCUGUAGCUAGAAUGCCCUCCAGCAUAUGGUGAUGGACUUCUAUCCCCCAAUUCAAAGUGGCACAAGAUGGAUCUCUGAACUGGACCUUAGAGAUUGUAUGCAUGUUGACGGUCUGAACUGAUGGAUCAUAUAAACCAGGUGUGGGGAAUCUCUGGCCUCCAGAAGUUGCUGACCUACAACUUGCCAUCACAUCUGACUAUUGCUAAUGCUGGCUGAGGCUGAUGGGAGUUGUAGUUCAGCAAAAUCUGGGGGGCCAAAGACACCCCCCAACACCUGAUAUAAUCAGGAGUUUCAGGGCAAGACUUUCAUUUUAUCCACCAGAUGCUCAAAUACACCUGGGGACGGUGGGCUUUCAAAACCAGGGCAAAAAUAUAAUUGUAAAGAAGUUUGUUUAGUUUUAUAAUUAGGGUUGUUUUUACCAUGUGCUUAUUAUUUACUUUUUGGUAUACAUUCUUAGAAAAUCUGGAGAGGCUACUUUUAUUUUGUCUCUCAUGGUAAUGAGACCAAGGCUAUUCCUAAUAAAUUGUGUGUGUGGCCUGGGGCAGGGAGGUAGCAUAUAAGCAAAGUUUUGCAUAUGAUUGUUAAAACUGGAUAUAUUAUUUUGAAGUCAAUCUUUACUAUUUGAAGGUUUUGGAUCUUUCAUGACAGCAUCAGUGUGGCAACAAGAGAAGUGGUGCCGGUAAAUAAAGGGGCAGAGAACAUAUAGUACGUGACUACAGAUCUUAGAGUGACAAGCAGAACGUAGAAGCUCCAUGAACUUCCUGAGACCAAACACAGGUAUGCCAACAUAUAGAAUCAUAGAAUUGUAGAGUUGGAAGGGACCCCAAGGGUCAUCUAGUCCAACCCCCUGCAAUGCAGGAAUCUCAACUAAAGCAUCCAUGACAGAUGCCCAUCCAAUCUCUGCUUAAAAACCUCCAAGGAAGGAUGUUUUUACAAUAAGGAGGUCUAGAAAGUUGUUAUGCUUUGAAAUAAAAUAUGAGAAUCUUAGGAAUCCAAGUUGUUAACCUCCAGGAUCUUUGAAACGGAAUGCCCCCCCCCUUUAUUUUUUAACAUUUUUUGCCAGGUGUGAGUUUCUAUGCAUAAAAUGUUAUGCUGAGGGUGGUUACUUGGAAGGGCAGAGGGGCAUCCUAUCCUCUUUCCAAGCACAGGAGCCCUUCAAGACUCACCUGGCAGAUUGGCAUCUUCUGGUCUGAAAAGAUCCUUCAGACCCAUCUGCUUUAGCUUCUCCUUCAGGCUGAAGCUGUCCUCCAGACGGAGCGGGGCAGAUGCACUGAGAUGGAGACCUCUCUCAGGACAUUCAGCCAGCCUUCCAGCUUCUCGGCUGUCAGCCCCUGUUCCACGUCUGCCAGGGGGGUCUGUGCAAAGGGCAGGAUGAGCACCAUGGUGAUGUCAUCUCCUUUGUAGGGCAGCUCCAAGACCUGCACUUUGGAGCUUGCAAUAGAGGCGUGCUUGAAUGUCGCUUCCUGAUACAUGGUAGGCACAGGGCAAGGCUCAGAACCAGUUCUGUAAAAGGUCUCCACCUUUGUAUUUUCGAGCUCGAACUUUGAUUUCCAGUGGCCCUGGGUUAAUGCAUUAAAAUAAAGCGAACAAUCAGUCAGAAGCCAGGGAUCUGGACUACCCAGCAGGUUUACUCCCUACGAGGAAAUUAUUAAUCUGGAAUAAUUACCACACAUGGCUCUGCAUCACUGAAAUGGAUUGGGAUCUACACAAAAGCAUCUGAAGAUUUGGGGGGGAACCCCAUCUUUGUUAAGACAGGUUCAGAAGUAACUAUUUCGUGUUCAGAUGUCUUGAGCGAGUGCCCACUGAGAGGGAUCAUGACAGAAACAGGCUUCAGGUACACAAACUGAUGAUCUCACUUCCAUUCCCACUGAUGUUUACAAUUAUGCCUUUUAAGGUUGGGCAGGCAAUCAGACAAUGCUCCCUCACAACUGGCUCCUCAUCCACUCUGCAGACUAGCUAUAUUCCUGCCAUCGGCCUCUCAGUCAAUUUUGUGAAGCCAGCAUCAUCAUGGGGCAUGGCUGCCACACGCACUGCCGUCAGGAACAUAGCUAGGCUUGGUUUCAGAAAAUAAUUUUCUCCUUCCAUCAACAGCCCCUCUUCCCUCUGUGAGUGGGUUUUAAACCAUCAGUUCAGGCAUGUCACUCUUGUGACUUUUCCAUACCUUAAAGUAAAUAGUGUUGACUAGUACCAAAACGGUGAGGGCAUCAAUGCCUCCUUCCGGGAUCACAUUCUUGAUGAGCUUCUCUGUUUUAUUUGCCACCCAAUCAUUAAUGAGUGCCCUAGAUAAUUCUGGCUUCUCCUGAAACGUGGGACAUAGAAAAGGCUCUAUGAAAUCUCACAUUCUACCAGACAACAUAUUCAGAUGUUUAAUUAUUUAAUUUGGUUCAAAGCUAAUAGAAUUUCUCAACCACAGUCCCUCAGUACUAUUGUUCAACACCUACAGUAAAGGACAUAAUACUUUUCAAUAAAGAACUGGAGACAAGACCAUCAGCCUAUUUGGAAAAAACAUGUGGUUGGUCAUGUGUCCAAAGUCAUGGUUACCAACCAGCCAAAACUAUACAGGUCAGUAAAAAUUGGCCUCUUGGCCAGUUGACAGAAUUGGAGGAUUAAAAAACCAAGAAAAAUGCAGUAUGGGCAUAAGUAGCACUCACAUGUGCACUAAGGGAAGCGGCUGUGUUUAUAAGUGAAUGGCACAUGCAUGCCACUGUAAAUGAAUGCACCUUGCAGGGCAACUGUGCUCAAAUCACAGCAGUUUCUGACUGUGAAAGAGAAUUUCCUUGGUAGUAGUUUGCAGUUCUGGAACUUCAAGGGAAAUUCAAUGGACCCCAUUUGUCUUGACCUUCUGUAAAAAGAAUAGGACCUGUAUAUGGGUGGGGAGGUAAUAUGGCUAAGCCAACACCAAUGAAAUAACAGAGUAACACCAUAGGGGAGGGGUGGAAGCAUAUUUUGUAGCAUACGCUGUCUUAAAUGCAGCUUAUUGAUGACUUGUGACAAUGUCUGGUUGACAUGGAAACUGCUUCAGGGGUGGGGUUACAGUCAAGUGGUAUGUAAAUUUUAUGAAACAAAUGCAUUUUCUGAAAUAAACAGAAAAAAUCCAGAGAACGACUCUAAGCCAAAGCCCCGAAAGUAAAAACCAUAGGUGUGAAAAUCUUAAUUCACACCGAACAGUUCUCCAUAACGUUUUUAUUCCAUUUUUUCCAUCAUAACAAUUCAUUAAGAAAAAGGCAACCCUAUAACUUGUCCAUAACAGCAGCCAAAUCCAGAAGUAAAUUAGCACAGAAUUAGAAAAUAUUACCACUGAACAAAUCAAGUAAAGUUGCAAAGUGCUGGGAGGCGCAGGGCAGCCCAGUAGGAAAGGGCAGCCCAGUAGAAAAUAAUUGUAUACAGCUGAAAACACUGGCAGCAUUAAGAUAAAUUCAACAGAGUAAAUAAUUUUUGAUGGAUGUAAAAGUGAAAAACUAAUUUGAAUGGUUAUAGUAAAAUAUGCAGGAAUGUAUGAUAUGUAAAAUGAACCAUAGAAAGAGAAGAAGGGAAGUCAUUGGAUAUUUUAAAGUUUAUAAAAUGUUUAUUUGAAAUUGUAAAACAGAACACUUUAUAAAACUUUAUAAAAAAAUAUUAUAUAAAAAAGAAUAAAGGGGAAUCAGAUAAGGAAUCCUGCACUAAAAGUAAAAAGUGUGCUGAGUAGACUCAUAAAGCAAAGAAAUGAUGAACACUACAUUUUAUUGAGUUUCUGUUUGUAUAGCACUAUCCAUGAAUAUGACACUUUACAAGAAAUGAGCAGAACUGCAUUCUAGAAAAUUACAGAAGAAGACAGCUAUAAAAUAGGAAUAAAAUGGAGAUGGAAUAAACAAUGGAAGAAAUGAAUGCCAUUAUUGCAGCUGCAUCUACUUAUGCGUAAAAUAUAUUAAUAUAAAUCUGGAUUCAGCUGGCAAACCUCAUCAGCGGGAGUCCUGUGGAAGAACUUCUGUUUGUAGUUUUGCAACCAUAGGUAGAAGACAGAAUGUUGGUGUUACACAUCCCCUCCAACACAUUAGUGACAGAGUGUUGUUUAUGUAAUGCAUUUUCCCCAGAGUCAAAUGCCAGUGGUAUACUAACACAGACUCCUGUUGGUUAGUUAUUCCACAUAUCAUUCCACCUUUCUUGUGGAAUUACAGUCCCAAGGCCCCCUUCCCAUGAUGCCUUCACAUUGUUAGAGGUUUUCCAAAUAGUGUGGUAAUGUUGCUUGUUGUUGUUGUUGUUGUUCGUUGUUGUUAUACCCCUCCCAACUGACUGGGUUGCCCCAGCUACUCUGGGCUGCUUCCAACAAAUAUAAAAGCAUAAUAAAACAAAAAAACAUUAAAACUUCCCUAUACAGGGCUGCCUUCAGAUGUCUUCUAAAAAUUGUGUGGUUCUUUAUCUUUUUUAACAUCUGAUGAGAGGGCAUCCACAGGGAUGGCACCACUACCAAGAAGGCCCUCUGCCUGGUUCCCUUUAACUUCACUGCUCACAAUGAGGGUACCACCAGAAGGCCCUCAAAGCUAGACCUCAAUGUCCAGGCUGAACAAUGGGAGCAGAGACGCUCCUUCAGGUAUACAGAGCUGAAGCCAUUAAGGCAGUGAUGGCCAAACUUGGCCCUCCAGCUGUUUUGGGACUACAGUUCCCGUCAUCCCUGACCACUGGUCCUGUUAGCUAGGGAUGAUGGGAGUUGUAGUCCCAAAACAGGUGGAGGGCCAAGUUUGGCCAUCACUGUGUUAAAGGCUUUAAAGGUCAACACCAACACCAUCGAAUUGUGCUUAGAAAUGUAUUGGGAGCCAAUGUAGGUCUUUUAGGACCAGUGUUAUAUAGUCCUGGCGGCCGCUCCUAGUCAGCAGUCUGGCAGCUACAUUCAGAAUUAAUUGUAGUUUCCAAGUCACCUUCAAAGGUAGCCCCAUGUAGAGUGUGUUGCUGCAGUCCAAGGGGGACUUAGGCCUUGUUCAUAUAGAUCCAUCAUUCUGUACAGCUCUUUUGACUUCCAGCCUGAAUUUGCUUAUUUUUCUGCUCAUGAACAAAAUGUAGAUGGUCUAAGAAUGGGAACAACUUAUCUCUUCCAUAACCCCAUUGUUGCCUUCGAUAAAAAGAUUUGUUAUCUCUGCAAAUAACGAGGGUUUGAGAGAUAGGAAAGGAACAAAUGAUAUACAUUUAUUUUUUAAAUCUGUUGAUUUUAUCUAUAUAUUGAUUGUUCUUAUAGCUGUUCUUAUAGCUAUUUUUAAUUAACGCUUUAUACUGUUUUGUGUAAACCACCUAAAUAUUUUAACUAAGCAGUGCAUAUCAAUCUCAUUAAGUAUUUUGGCCCUGAGAGGGAAUUUGAACAUGGGUUUUCCUAGUUUUAAGCCCCACACUGUAGCCCCCACACCACACAAGCACUCUUGUUAUCUUUAGGUCCAGAGAAACUUUAGAUCCAAAGAAACUUACAGCCAUCUCUUCAGAAGAGAAAAAUGACCCUCUUCCCACAUACAAACUAGCUCAUUAUCUUUACUGCUUGUCUGUAAUAUUUCUCUCUAGGUGGAGGAGUCUGCUAUAGUUGGAGUGAGUGGCUAUGUUGAAUAUCUCCGUGAACAGGAAGUAUCUGAGAGGUGGUUUCGCUACAACCCACGUCUCACUUGCAUCUAUUGUGCCAAAUCCUUCAAUCAGAAGGGUAGCCUGGACCGGCACAUGCGGCUCCACAUGGGCAUCACACCCUUUGUUUGCCGUAUGUGCGGCAAAAAGUAUACUCGCAAGGAUCAGUUGGAGUACCAUAUCCGCAAACACACAGGAAACAAACCCUUUCACUGCCAUGUCUGCGGGAAGAGUUUCCCCUUCCAGGCCAUCCUCAACCAGCACUUUCGUAAGAAUCAUCCUGGCUGCAUGCCUCUGGAGGGGCCGCACAGCAUCUCCCCAGAGACCACAGUUACGUCAAGAGGGCAGGCGGAGGAGGAAUCGCCUCUUCGGGAAGAAGCCAAUAUGGCGGGGGAGACAGCCCAGGGAUCUGUGUCCACCACUGGGCCAGACUGAAGAGGAAUGCAAAAUGGGUGAGAGGGAUCCUCUCAGUCCGUGAGCAAAUCCCCUUGAGACGGUGAGCUUGAGUUCUCAUUUGUGCAAUGUCGCCGCUGGACAAAGAAGCUCCCAAGAUGUUGCCAAAAUAGAAAUGAUAUGAAAACAAAGUGCUAAAAGCUCACCUCCUUUUCCUCAUCUCCUUUUGAGGGGACGAGACAAAAACUGGGUCAACUAACCUCCGAUUCAGGGAUUGACAGCUUUUUUUUGGAUGGGGAGAAGCUUUUUUUAAAAAAAAUAUCCAGUAGUGAUCAAGGAAUGACAGCUUUUUCAUUUUCUUGGCAUCAGACCCUGUGGUCCUGUGGGCUGUAGAGGUCUAGCUGUGAUGAGUGCAGAGCACCAGUAUCUCUAUUCAUCACAGUAGUUGUGCCACUGAAGAAGUAAUGGGGACAAAAAUUAGUUCUCCCUCUCUCUUUCCCCCUCCCCCUCACAAAAUAAUCUUCCAGGUAAUUAUUUUUGAGAAGAAUGGUUGUCCUGGUAGAACCUAACUUGUCUGAGUGUAUUUUAUCUCAUUUUAUUUUGGCGUGUCUUUUUAAAAUUGACCCAUUACUUAAGGGCUUUCUGUUUUGUGUCUUGGCUUGCCCAUUCUAGGUGUGUGGUCUUGCCUGUUUGUGAUGAGGCAAGUCUCUUUUGAUCAGUAUUUUAGAGGUGACACAAUAUUUAAUUAAGUAAGCUACCGAAAAAGACGGUAGUAGCUGUGAAGCUCUGCCAUGUUUGGUGGGAGAUAUUUUCAGUUGUGAAAUGUGGAUAAUGCAGAACACUUUGCAAUUCUUGCUCAAUUUCUGGGCUCUGCAAAGACUGAAAAGGUAGGAUGAGGUUUCCUGUCAUGAAUAAUUGUUUAAAUAGCGGCUUUGCCUCAAAGGUCAUCUUUUGCCUCCCUUCUAAUAUAACAGCAAUAUUUGUAUAUCAAAAUAAUCAAAUUCCAUUGGAGGGGAUUAUGGGUUGACUGUCUAAGAAUGGUUCUCUAUUUGGUAUUUUUAUAUUAAAAAUGCAAAAAAAUAUGCAUUAGUAAUAAUUCAGAAAGCUCACUUUCCAGUUUUCUACAAGCAGUGAUAGCUCUUCCUUGAGCCUUUGUAGUAUUUUUCACAUGAGUUUACUGGGAAGAUAACAGUGCCGCUGCCAAACCCAGCAAAUAUGCACUUGCCUCAUGUUUCCUAAUAUAUUGCUUGUUAGUGUAAGGAUGCAGGCAUGGGAGGGCAAAUCUCUUGAACUUUUGUUUGAGACUUGCAAAAUAAGCAGCAGUUCAAGCUCUGCUUUAGGGUUGCGUUGUAUUGAUGUACAAAAAAAAAGCUGGUAUCAUGCCAAGCAGAUGAUGUGGAUCUCAAGAAAAUAGCUGAUAAGAUGAAAAAGCAAGCUAAUUGGGGAAGGUAUCAAAAUGGGGAGGGGAGAAAUCAUGCUAUCAUAAUGGGAAGGGAGAGAUGGCCUUGUGGUAAACAAGCUUGUGCUUUGUACUAAUAAUUGGCCUUCUUGUAAAAAUGAGGAUAUUUUCUUAAUUCAUGUUUUGGUUGAAAGAAUGAAUGAAAGCAGAAAACUUGUUUAACCCCCCCCCCUUUUCAUUGUUUGGUGUUAACUGAGAAAUUCCUUCUAUUCCCCACCUCACAGCACCAAGGGUGCACUUCUCUGUAAGGUGGGGAGUAGAAUGAAUUUCUCUUUGUGGUCAGAAGACAGGAAACCACCAAUAAAGGUCAACUCAUAAAAGCUUUAAAGAGUUGGAUGAGACCCUCCCAAACUCACACACAUACACUCUCUCAUUUGGACUGAAGCAGGGAGGGUAAUAGAGAGAUACAAAUAUAUAUGCUGCUUUAGUUAUAGCUUUCAAAUUUACCAAAAAGAGUAAAAUUACACUCAAGAGCAUUGGAAAAUAUUUCUAGUUACUUAUACAAAGAUUUUAAGCAUUUAAAAAUAGAACUUUAAAAAUAUUACCAAACUGUAAGGCAUACAUUUAUUUAUCUACACAUAUGUUAUAUAUAGUUAUAAUGGGGAAGUUUAUCUGCUGAGCUGGUGAUGGUGUAGGUGAUGGCUAUACAGAAGAAUUUUUUCAAAAGCAGAAUUGCAGCAAAAUCCAUCCAAGUUUAGGUGGCAAAGAGUUGAAGUGGAAUAUUGAAUGUGGUAUUCAUGGAGCUGUGAGUUUCUUGAACAAGUUGUAACUGUACUGAUACUGUGAACUGAGGAGCAGCCAAGAAAUCCGGGUUCAUCAUGCAACAAUUCUCUGCUUGCUGGUAAGACUCCUCUCUAUUUAGCCUGGCCAGAGUCAAUAAGCACUUCUUACAUUUUAGCCUAGGCUUAGUUGUAGAAGAAAAAUAAAGCUUGUGAAAGGUGUUUUUUUAACUUGCCACUGUAGAAAUUAAUCAUUUCUAAUUGCAUGCGAAGGAGCCAAUAUUCUUGCCCAGAUCUCACUGAAGGGAGGUUUACUGCUUGUAGCUAUAGUUCUUGACCUCAUUUAGAUGUAACACUACAUCUUCAUUUGGUAUUAUGAGUUAAAGUCUGCAUAAGCCUUGAGUUCCCACAUUCUCUCCCACCCAUCUUUUGAUGCAGCCACAAUGAGUUCACAAGUUGUUCUGUUUCAGAUUAGCUUGGAAGUUGACCUGUUGUCUGAACACAAACUGAUGAAUCUUAACUAUGAUUUGUUCAUACAGGCUGACUUCAAACCAUAGUCCAUGACAUUGUAUUGCUUCAGUGAACUAUGGUUAAGAUUAAUCACAAUUUAAACUUUAGAUGCUAUGAAAAAGGUCAGGUUAUCUAAAACUGAACCUUCUAGUUUUCUUUUAGCUGCAUUGAAGGAGGAGAGGGAGAAGGAAGUAUGGGAGCGCAAGACUUUCUGUAUUUCAUUCUUGUAACGCUAGACCACAAUUUAGCAUUAUGUCCAAACAGCAACUGUAAGGAAUAGAACCAGGGAUCAUAAUUUUGUGUGUGCAUAUGUGUACAAAGGACUUGGGGGAUCUAGACCUGUUUGGCUUUCAGAUACUCUCUUAGCAAAAUUUAAUCGUUGCCAAAAAAUCCUGAGAUUUUUGUUAUUCAAAGAGCAAGUUUCUAGCCCUGAUUCUAAAAGAGAGAGAUUCCUGUUUGUGGUUUCCAUUAAUAAUGUUGGAGCUAGAGGAAGGAGCAGUUCUUCCAGUAUUCUAGAGGAUCUUGAUAGUACACUUUUAUCUGUGUGUCACCUUCUUUUUCUUGAUGUGUGGCAGAAUAAAUGAGAAUGAAAAGAAACAGAAAUCCUGCAGGAAAAAAUGCAUUUAAAUUGUACAUCCAAAUAAAACAUACACAUUACUUGAAUGUAUUCAAGCAGCUGUGAUUUGCAUUAUUCCAGUCAGGCCUGACAAAAGUACAUGCCCUCCUUGAGCAGCUGCCAAGCCCUAGCAGGGCCCAAUCCGAGGUGUGCUUUGGAACCCAGCCACCCUUUAAAAGAGUGGCUGAGUCUGGGAGCUGCCAUGUAAAUUUCUCACAGGGCCCUAAUGUAGAGUUGCUCUGGGGCAUUGUGUCAUCUGGUACUGAUCCAGACCUACAGCUGCCACCGUGGCCAGGUAAGGGAAGGUCCCACUGGAAAGCAUCUUUACUAAGAGUUCCCUCAAGCAUGGAGCUGGCCUCGAUUCGUUACUGAGUAUAAAAAUGGCAGGUGCUUUAAUCAGCCUUGUUGUCCGAGGUUCAGAACCUGAGAUGGAAGGGCAGGUGGCUGGCAGACCAGAGGACAGAGCCAAUUGGUGACUAAAGAGGAUGGUUCCCAGCCAGUUAGGAUAAGAAUUUGGCUUUGCUUGGUGGCUCAGGGUAGAGUCUGCUGGAUAUGAGGGUGGUCAGAGCAAAUAACAAAAUCUCUUCAAGCCAUACAGAAAAUAGCCUGCCCACUUCCUUGUCUCUACCCUGCAACUUUAUCCUUUCCCCUGGAUACCCUGAAUUCAGAACCUGAGACCUGAGUCAGUUCUUUUUUUCCUGAAGUUGGUUCUUUUUCUUUCUAGACUGCAAAUGACCAAGGGUUGUAGCCAGUGUUAGACCUACUCAGACUAGACCCAUUGAAAUUAAAAGACAUGAGUAACUUAGGCCCAUUAUUUUAUGUUGGUUUACUCUGAGUAAAACUUAGUUGGAUACAGCCCUAACACAUGUAUGUGUGGGCUGGUGGGUGCAUAACACAUUUUGUGGGCUCAUUUGCAAGGCUGGUUUUGUUGCCCAAACACAUCUUCAUGCUUUGUGUAGCAAUAUUCAUUCCUGUGUGUUACUAGUGAUUUUCAAAAGAAAGUAGCAAAUGUCAGUGGUAGGCUUACGUAUAACUGAAAGAAAACCAUGUGCCAAUACUAACCCUUUAACAACCUUUUCUACUGCAGAACAAUUGCUUCUACAGCACAAGAGUUACCAAGCUCACUACUAUAACCUCAGCCUUGACUCUGCUAAUGACCUAUGCCAUCAGUAGCAUUAGCCUAGUCAGGCACAGUGCCCUUAGGAAGACUAAGGGAUGACUAUACUGUGAUCUCAGCCACAGGGAAGGCAAAUGUAGGCUUUGUUUGGAUUAUAAAAUGCAGAUGAGCUGGCAAUCUGCUUUUCUGUUUGGUGCAGCUACAUGUUUUUACCCUUGCGAAACAGAUUUCAACUGUGAUUCAAAGGAGAAGUGAAGUGAAACCCUUUCAUAUCUUCAUACCUCAUUAAUUAAUGGCCCACAUCCAGGUAGAAUUUAGUUAUAGUGAAUAAUGUGUCUCAUUCUUUUCCAUGGGACUUAGUAAAAACUAAUAUUACCUGGAUUCGGCCAGUUUCCCCCACUUCUGUUCCAGAAAAGGCCAAGAAAACUUGAUUGCUUGCCUUGGCAAUUGUCUCUAGAGGGGAAAGAUCAAUUUCAUAGCUCUGUGCUUGCAAAACAGUAAAAAUAAAGUAAUAAUAAACUUCAGAAUGUGAAACAUUGCAGUUAUCUCCCUGAGCGUGCUGCUAUGUCUUUGUCUUGCCAAAAGCAAUAGAGUGACUUUGAUGUAAUUCUGAACCAUAUCACUGCUGAAAUGGGAAACAAAUAUGUGUAUAGUUGAGAACAAUGAUAUGAAAUGUAGAUUAUAAUUCUAUGUCCUUACCUUUGAGUAAGCAUCACUGAACUUAGUUGAGGUUGCUGAUUAAGCGUAUAUGGGAUUGGAUUGCGAUGGUGGUCUCCGGCAUUCCAGUUCUUCUAGCUCAAAAGAUUUCCACUUGCAGAGCUGAACUUUCCCUUCCUCUCUUCUCCCCUGCAGCCCCCCAUGCUCUCUCAAAAUCAGCUCUGGGGGCGGGCACAGUGGGAGGAGAGGAAGGGAACAUCCCAUUGUGCAAGAGGGGUCUGCUUGCUGAGCAUUGGAUACAACCCUGAGUUUGAUCAGAUGAGACAAACUGAAAUAACUGGCACUUUCCCAGCAGUCAGAAUUUUCCUGCAAUUUCUAGUGGAAAUACGUGCCCAUUUUCGUUUUUUAAAGCACCUUUGGAUUGUGUACUUUACUACUUUGGAGUGUCAGAUGCAUUUUUCACAGCAUACCUUAGAGGUGACGGUGGGUUUAUACUUCAGUGCCUCUCUGUGUGUUGUCAUAAAGUGGCUUGAAGAUUUAUUGUAAAAAUGGUCUUAAUCCAGAUUAAUCCCCCCUUUGUGUGCACACAUCCUUAAAACAGCAAGUAUAUACAGGGCGAUGCCUGUUAAAUAUGAAUUUUAAAAUAUUCCAAGUUACCCCACAGAAACAAAGGUGGUUAGGAUCAAUUAUAUCUUUCUGUGGCAGUUACAGACCAUUCGGGAUAUUAGUCCAGUGUUCGAUGCUUCAAGCUUCAAGUUAUUACCAUGAAAUGGAAACAUGGUAAAAUAAAUUUCUCAUGAAGGUGGAGCAAUUGUGUAAAUUCUACUUUUAAAUAAAUGCUAGAGUUUGUUAAAAGAGAGGUAGGGAUUGUGUAGAACAGUUGUGCAAUUUGCUGCUUGCUUGUUCACUGACGGCAACUAGCAAUUGUUGGUGAACAGAUGUAGAGUCAGUUAACUGAGUGGACGGAGUCAAUCACUGCGCCAGGCUGCUCUGCCUUUCUUGGCUGUUCAAAGUCAUGUCCGGCAGAGUGAAUGGCUGUUUGCAGCAGUCUCUAACCUGGGGAUUAAAGCACCAGGCUGUGUUGGCUCUCCAUGGAGCUGGUUUACUCUGCACUCUGUUUCUGGGUUGGAAAUGGCAACGGAGCCCCACUGACUAUACAUGGGGGCAAAACGGAGCUUUGCUGAUGUGUGUUAGAAAUACGGAACACAUCUGUUGGCUUUGCGUGUGACUUUCAAUCUCUCUCCUUAAUAAGCUGGUAGCCAGCCAGGUGUAUUCCAGGUAUUGUUGGACUGCAGUUCCCAUGGUCCCUGAUAACUGGCUAGGCUGACUGGGGCUGAUGGAGACCAGUAUUGUGGGCCACAUCUCUUUCCUAGGCAAUAACCCUGCCCACAGCUGGGCUGCAUUUCUAAGUUACCUCUUUUGGCUUUAAGCAGGCAAGUAGCACUAUGGAGCAGAAAAUGAAAUAAAAAGCCAGCCAGCAGAACUGUCUCUAUUUAUAGCAAGAUGCCCUGGUUGUUGCUAUGUUCUUCCUGAGGAAUGAGGGGUGCUUAGGCCAGCUUUCAACAUGAGCAGGGGUAACUUUAUUCCUUUGAUAUUGGAAAAUGCUAUCUAAAACAGUUGGGAACCCUUCUUUCUUUGCAUAUGGAACUUUCCGGGGAACGGAGCUGCCUUUUCUGGCGCAGAGCUCAGUGUGCAUACCAAAAACCCUGUGUGAGCCUUAAGAAUGGCAGGAAAAGAGCAAAAGUAUUGACAAGUGUGUGGGUUUUUCAAUAACACAGACUUCUUUGUCAAAUAGGAACUUGUAGUAUGCACACAUUUUAAAGAUAAUUAUUGCCAAGAAUUUUAAGUUUUUAAACAUUAUUUUUCUUGUUAGUGGGAUUUUUUUUUAUGUGCAGAUUCUCUGUUUCAGUAUAACACCAAUGGAACUGCUAUGCCCAGUUAAAAACAGCAACAACCCAGAAUCUGCCAGAUUCAAACAGGUUCUAUGUUCUGGCCAAGCAAAACUUCCUCUUUUAAAAAAAAAUACUGUCCGUGAUUUGGCACAAGAUUGUACCAGAUUGUACCAGCUAUGCAUGUUGAACAAAAUUUAGCUGUUUGAUUCAAUUAAAGAAACAAACCAAGUUAGUUUAAGUGGAAUUUAAAAGCUUUGGGGUCAUAGCUGGGAAGGAUAGAAAGACCCGAAGUUUGACUGGGAACCAUUAAUAGGGAACCAUUAAUCUUCCAGAUUGGUAUGUGACUUGGUAGACUGUGGAUUCUUUUAUUGAAAAAAUGGCUGGAACCAGUUGCUUUAAUAUUCCUGGGUUAAAAUCUAGUCUAUUUGAAAAUUGUUUCUUAUAUUACAUAUUGUGGCUACAGCAUAACUCCCGGGAGAUAAUGUCAUAUCUACAUAGUUGAAUCAGUGUUACGCAGUUCAGGGACCUGCUAUGGAUCAGAUAUCUGAAUCAUGAGUCUGUUAGAGGAAAAUCAGUAAUAUAGUUGGGACUAGUUGGUAUGUUUGCACUUGAGAAAAUG